AUGAAUAACAAAGUCACCUUGCCCCCAAUCUCCGACAUAUUUUCUGGCAAGGAUGUGUCGUUGGGCCCCUUUCCCACCCACCCUCGUCCUAAUCCACCGUAUACGACGAUGCCGGUUUACCCUUACAACUAUGUUCCACCUAACGCUGGCGUUAUGGCAACUUACGGAACAGCCCCUUCCUCCUACAACUACUACGGUUCUGGCGCUUACACAGCCAUGCCUCCUGCCCUUGAAAUGCCAGCUUCCGUAUCGAGAAGCGUCCACGGAAGCACGUCGGGUCCAUCCGCCACGGAAAGAACGCGGAGUGGGUCGGAACAACUUUCUGUGUCUCCUGUCACUUCGCCUACGCUGGAGGGAGGUGUUUCUUCGGCAUCAGCCAACAUCCAACACCACUCUCGUUCGCGAACAAGAAACAACUUGCCUAAAGAGACCACGUACAUUUUGUUGAAGUGGUUGAAUGACCAUCUCAAUCAUCCAUAUCCUAACUCUUUUGAGAAGACGCGGUUAAUGAUGGCAACGGGAUUAAACCAACAGCAAUUGAGUAAUUGGUUCAUUAAUGCUCGCAGAAGAAAGAUUAAGGUGUUGCGGCAAAAGAAGCUGGCAUCGGAGUAA